AUGGCGCUGCCCUGGGCCCUCGCCGUCCUGACCCUCCUUCCUCUGCUGGACGCCCAGAGUCUGGCGUGUGCCAAGUUCAGGGCAGCGCCUCUCACCGAUGCCACCCUGGACCGGCUCUCUGGCAAGUGGUUCUAUAUCGCGACAGCCUCCCGCAACCCUGAGUAUAGUGAGGUGGCUCAGCUGCUCCAGGCGGCCUUCUUCUACUUAACGCCCAACUCUGCGGAGGACACGAUACAGCUCAGAGAGUACCCGACCAUUGGGAACCAGUGCCUCUAUGAAUCCAGCAUCUUGAAUGUCCACCGGGAGAGUAGAACCAUAUCCAAACAGACGGGCAGAGAACAUGUUGGUAACGUGAUCCUCACUGAGGACCCCAGGACCUUCAUGCUUCUCUACUUCCCGGAUGAUGAGAAGAACAUGGCGCUGUCCUUCUAUGCUGACAAGCCGGAGGUGACCCAGGAGCAACUGAGUGAGUUCUAUGAAGCCAUCAAGUGCAAGGGCCUGGACAAGUUGGAAAUCAUCUACAUUGAUCAGAAAAAGGAUCAGUGUGGGCCGCUGGAGAAGCAGCACGAGGAGGAAAGGAAGAAGACAAAUGAGGAGCCCCAGGAGGACGCGGAACAGGGUUAGGACCGUGGGGACGUUGGGGCACCCUCACCCUGCCCACCCUUGGUACCUCUGUUCUGUGCCUCAGGUGCACCAAUAAAGCUUCUGCAUUUGG